GCAUUUCCGGUGACGUAGUUCCGGGCUCAUUGUGCACGUGCAGUAAACAUUCACAUGUAGUCCUGGUCCAUCAUGGACUCUACAAAGUGGACUAACUUGCAGACCGGACCGAGUCUGAAAAACCUGACCCGGGACGGCUUUGGACACCUGGAGGACGAGCAGCACGCGGCGGUCCAGGACCUGACCCGAGCCCACAUCGAGUCCUUUGACCAGGCGGUCUGUGACGGACUGAGCCGGGUCGUUCAGGCGAUCCCUCCUCUGGAGUUUUCGGUCAGAAAUGAACGUAUCAGUUUGGCGUUCGUUGAAGCGACCAUGUUCAGCCCCCUGGUGGCCAAAGGCAGCAUCUGCAGGGAGAUGAAGGUGUUUCCUGCAGAGUGUCGGGGGAGGAGGAGUUCCUACAAAGGGAAGCUUGUGGCGGAUGUCAGCUGGUCGGUGAACGGCGUCCCUAAAGGAAUCAUCAAACAGUGUUUGGGUCAGCUGCCGAUCAUGGUGAAGUCCAAACUGUGUAACCUGCACGCACUGAGUCCACGAGAGCUGGUGGAACACCACGAGGAGGCACAGGAAAUGGGCGGGUACUUCAUUGUGAACGGGAUCGAGAAGGUGAUCAGGAUGUUGAUCAUGCCGAGGAGGAACUACCCCAUCGCCAUGUCACGACCAAAGUGGAAGAGCCGAGGACAGGGAUACACCCAGUAUGGUAUCUCCAUCAGGUGUGUGAGGGAGGAGCACUCUGCGGUGAACAUGAACCUGCAUUACCUGGAGAACGGGACGGUCAUGUUAAACUUCAUCUUCCAGAAGGAACUCUUCUUCAUACCACUCGGCUUUGCUCUCAAGGCUCUGGUGGACUGGACGGACGUCCAGGUGCAGCAGGAGCUGAUGAGAGGUCUGGAGGAGAACUCGUUCUUCAGGUCGUGUGUGUGUGAGAUGCUGCGUGUGGUGAUGGAUGAGGGCUGCUCCACCCAAAGCUCCGCCCUCUCUUACCUGGGACAGAGAUUCAGAGUGAAGAUGAGUCUACCUGAGUGGUACACGCACGAGCAGUGUGCACGCUACCUGAUCAAUGAGUGUAUCCUGAUCCACCUGCGCUCUGACAUAGAAAAGUUUCACCUGCUGUGUAUGAUGACCAGGAAGUUGUUCACCUUUGCUAAACAGGAGUGUUUGGAGGAAAACCCAGACAGCAUUAUGUGUCAGGAGGUUCUGACUCCAGGUCAGCUGUACCUCAUGUUCCUGAAGGAGCGCCUGGCGGCCUGGUUGGUGUCGGUGAAGCUCUCCUUUGAUAAGCGGGGCAGCAGACUCAGUGGAGGCUGGACUGCUGAGAACGUGUUGAAGAUCUUCAACACGGGCUCUGACCUCACUAAACCCUUUGAGUACCUGCUCGCCACGGGGAACCUGAACUCAAAAACCGGUCUGGGCAUGCUCCAGAACACGGGGCUGUGCGUCGUCGCUGACAAACUCAACUUCAUCAGAUACCUGUCUCACUUCCGCUGCGUGCACCGAGGAGCCGCCUUCGCCAAGAUGAGGACCACAUCUGUCCGGAAACUUCUUCCUGAGUCGUGGGGCUUCCUGUGUCCCGUCCACACGCCCGACGGCGAGCCCUGCGGACUCAUGAACCACAUGACGGCCAGCUGUGAGAUCGUAGCUCAGAGUCUUUCAACCGUCAGUCUACCGGCGCUGCUCUGCUCGCUCGGUGUGACCCCGGUGGACGGUUCACCUGGUCGUGCAUUCUCAGACUGUUACCCGGUGGUGCUGGACGGGGCCGUGGUGGGUUGGGUGGAGGAGGAUCUGGCUCAGGUGGUGGUGGACUCCAUUCGCAGCUUUAAGGUGCUGAAGGAGAAGAAGAUCCCUCCGUGGACUGAGGUGGCUCUGGUUCCUAAGACGGGUAAGUCCAGUCUGUACCCGGGACUGUUCCUGUUCACCACGCCCUGCAGGAUGGUCCGUCCUGUCAGGAACCUGAGUCUGGGGAGGCAGGAACUGAUCGGGACCUUCGAGCAGCUCUACAUCAACGUGGGCGUGACGGAGGGCGAGGUGGAGGCCGGCGUGACGACUCAUCAGGAACUGUUUCCUCACAGCAUGCUGAGCGUGGUCGCUAACUUCAUCCCGUACUCCGACCACAACCAGAGCCCGAGGAACAUGUACCAGUGUCAGAUGGGUAAGCAGACUAUGGGGUUUCCCCUGCACUCCUUCAGGGACCGCUCUGAUAACAAACUGUACCGACUGCAGACCCCUCAGAGCCCUCUGGUCCGACCCUCAAUGUACGACCGCUACGACCUCGACAACUACCCGAGCGGCACCAACGCCAUCGUGGCCGUCAUCUCCUACACAGGAUAUGACAUGGAGGACGCCAUGAUCGUCAACAAGUCGUCGUGGGAGCGUGGCUUCGCUCACGGCAGCAUCAUUAAGACGGAGCUGGUCGACCUCGCAGAUAAAGUUCGGGGUGACGACAGCGUCGUGUUCGGGACCAAACCCGGAGACCCCAAAGUGGCGGACAAACUGGACGCUGACGGUCUGCCUCACAUAGGCGCCACGCUGCAGUACGGAGACCCGUUCUACGGAUACAUCAACCUGAACACGGGACAAAGUUUCAUCACCUUCUACAAGAACCAGGAGUCGUGCGUGGUCGACAACAUAAAGAUCUGCAGUAACGACUCCGGCUCCGGUCGUUUCAAACGAGUCUGCAUCACGGUUCGAAUCCCUCGUAACCCGACCAUCGGGGACAAGUUCGCCAGCCGCCACGGUCAGAAGGGCAUCCUGUCCCGCCUGUGGCCAGCGGAGGACAUGCCGUUCAGCGAGACGGGCAUGAGCCCCGACAUUCUGUUCAACCCGCACGGCUUCCCGUCUCGUAUGACCAUCGGCAUGUUGAUCGAGAGCAUGGCGGGGAAGUCUGGCGCCCUGCACGGCCUUAGCCACGACGCAACACCCUUCAGAUUCUCAGAGGACAACGCGGCGCUGGAAUAUUUUGGCGAGAUGCUGCGGGCUGGCGGCUAUAACUUCUACGGGACGGAGCGUCUGUACAGCGGGCUGAGCGGCCAGGAGCUCGAGGCCAACAUCUUCAUCGGGGUCGUUUACUACCAGCGUCUGCGUCACAUGGUCUCCGAUAAGUUCCAGGUGAGGACGACGGGGGCCCGGGACAAAGUGACCAACCAGCCGGUGGGGGGGAGGAACAUCCAGGGGGGGAUCCGGUUCGGAGAGAUGGAGCGAGACGCCCUGCUCGCUCACGGAUCCUCGUUCCUGCUUCACGACCGUCUGUUCACCUGCUCCGACCGCUCCGUGGCUCAGGUGUGCGUGGACUGUGGCAGCCUGCUGUCCCCCCUGCUCGAGAAGCCCCCUCCCUAUUGGUCGUCCCUGAGGCAGCGCCGGACGGUGUGCUUGUUGUGCGAGAGCAGCGACGCCAUCGACACGGUGUCCGUGCCCUAUGUGUUCAGGUACUUUGUUGCUGAGCUGGCGGCCAUGAACAUCCGAGUGAGACUGCAGGUGAAGUGAGAUCCACCUGAGAGAUCAGCUGACCGGUCAGGAGACCAUGAAGCUGCAGAGACUGAGCAGAAGUGAACGAGACGUUUUUUGAUCUUUAAGUGUUUUUCAGAAAUAAAGAAAGAAACUGCA